AUGCCCAAAGCAGCACCGGAGGAUCAUCGACCUGCUCGAGCAGUCUUACAUGCUCCCUACCCUUUACCGUUCGUCAUCACUCGACCUCAAGUCAUCCUACCUCCAACUUCACCUUCACUUUCCGCUCCGGUCUUACCAACAGUAUCUCAUGAGGUAUCUGUACCAUUACCACCCGCUUCUAUCGCUGAUUUUCCACUCUUCAAACAUGAUUGGAGGAAAGUCGAACCCGCUUUUCCACCUAUACCUUACCCCUUGGCAAUGAGGGAUGAGAAGCAAAGGAAGAGGGUGAAGAAGUUGCAUGUUUUGAAGAUGAAGAAGUCAGGUGAAGAAUCGAGUGAAUGGGAGAUUAUGUCACACUUGUCGAAUAGGAUUGGUAAAGAGAAUAAGGAUUUGCUUGGGUUGACGAAGCAAGUGGGAAAGAUAUCGGCUGAUGGGGAGUUGGACGAGGAUGAUCCCAAUCAAGAUGAAAACAAUCUGCUUAUCUACGCUUUCGUCUCAUCUUAUCAACGAGGUGAUUUCGACUCACCGGAUUCUCACGAUGAUCCACCUGAACCACUCACCCCUACUCAAGCGAAUCCUUUCCCUCAAGCACCGCCCAGUGUACACGAUGAACCGCUUUUUGCGCCUGAUGUUCCUCACCGUGAUGAUACUCCUCGACCAGCUUCACCUCGAUUAUAUGGCGGAGUCAGGCGACAGGCUACGCCAUUUCCAGACUUUGAAGAUGCCAAGGAAGCCAGUAGACCAGCGAUAGAAGAAGGACCAGCGUGGGAUGUGGUCUCAGAUGCUGUAUCUAGUUUCUGGAGUGAUGGGACGGAUGCGGAUGAGGCUGAUCAUGAGAGUGAAAUGAGGGAGACCCCUGCGACUCACACUCUCGUUACUCCUUCCGCAACGGCCUCUCGGAAUUCUGGCAAACCCAAGAAACGCGCUCAUUCACCCGAUCGACCAUUAUUCAUCGGUCAGACCAACCAAGUCCCUUUUACCUUUGUUCCACCUGCAAGAAAGGCUCCAUCCCAGUCCUCGAUCAGCGAUGGCAGUCGUAUCUUCCGUGAUGGAGGGUACGUAUCUGAGUCUGGGAGCGUGAGGACGAUUCGACAGAUACCCAGGAGUAAAGUGAACAGGAUGAGGGUGAAGGAGAGGGAGAAACAGAUCAGACGGGAAAGAUCAUCUACACCGAAGCAAAGGGAUUAUCAACGCUCCAACGCAACGCCACAACCUCCUGCGCCUAUACAGCCAGCUGGGCCAGCUGGACCUCCCACUGUGUCGAGUUUUGGUAAUCCCUAUAACUUCCCUCUUCAGAAUAUGCAAUUCCCUCAGCAGUUCAUGAACCAACCCAUGAUCCCUCAACAGUCCAUGUUCGGAUUAGAUAACUUCCUUUUCGCACCUAUUGCACCAUUACUGCGUACUUCCGAAGUCCUGUCAUCGCCUACCUCCAACGAAGGAGGACCAGGAUCAUCGAAUAACAACCCAUUGCCUCAAGGUAGAGAACCUUCAUGGUCACCACAACCUAUGUCGAUCGAUCCUCGUACUGCCGAAAGUCAACAUCAAGCGACUGGAGUCAGCUGGCCACAUGCUUUACCUGAUAGAGAACAAGUCACGCCCUCGAACGCAUCAUCGCUGUUACAGCAGUUGGCAGGUCAUAGUGGACUGUCAGAUAUCGACGUACCUAUGCCUACUGCUCUGUCCAGAAUCAUCCAGCCACAAAAACCCGCUCAAGCUCAAGCUCAAGCUCAAGCUCAAGCAUCAUCGUCAAAGAGUAGAAUAUCUCGACGAGCACUUGCAGACGGAGAUAAUAUGGUCCCAUUAGGUAAAGCGUGUCACAAUUAUCUCAACUUGCGAAGAAGGGCCGCUGAGAAGAGAAGGAAAGUAAGGAUGGGAGUGGGCAAGGUAGACGAUCUGUGGAACAUCAUCACAGAGGAUGAAGCUAAGGACAAGCAGCAGAAUAAGAGGAUUAACCCACCUUUUAUCAAAGUACAAAAAUCUACACCAGUACAACCACCUUCACUUCCACAGCCUCAGUCUCAACAGCAAUGGAAUGUAAAUACUGCCAUGGGAAUUGUCCCUAAUGGCGAUCCCAACUUCCAAGCCCAAAUCAACGCGCAAGCUCAGAAUAUGUACGCCAAUAUGAUGAUGCAACAGCAAGCCAUACCUUACAAUAUCGGUAUGCCAAUUGGAUACUAUCCUCAAUUCAAUCAGGGAUUUCAUUUCCCUCAAACUCAGUGGGGUAUGAACGUACCUAAUCAAAAUAUGUUUACUCAAGCACAACAGCAACAGCAACAGCAACAACAACAACAGCAGUGGAUGAAUCAAGCUGGUUCAAAUAUACCUCAACAAUACCUCGCACCUCCAUCUGGUGGUACCUUCGGAUUCCCCACACCUGGUGCUACACCCCAAGCACCUACUCCCAAACCUCACACUCACGCUGGAUUCAACCCAUUCACUCCUAAAUCCCCUGAACGUGAAGAACAGGAUCACAAACCCUUACGAAAGAGGAUGAGAUCUACCAUCUCGCCGUCAUCUGCGAACGACUUGAUGUUACGAAAUAGAGCGUCGAGCUCUAAGCCUUUAGCAGGUUUAGGAUUAGGGCUACUAUCACCUGCAGAAAUUCAUUCACCUGAACGGUUCAAAUCAAACGUACGAAGAGAGAAAACGCAAGAAGUCGAGGUUGACAUGGAAGAAGUGAACGAAGACGAUAAGAAUUGGAAUCGUGGGUUGAUAGGAGCGCAGGAUGAUGAAGAGACUAAGAAUAAGGACGAGAGGAGGAAUCAGUGGGUGAGGGAGGAAAGGCAAAGAGUAGGUAGUUUGGGUUUGGUGAGGGCAGGCUGGAAAGGGAAAGGGAAAGGGAAAGAGGUUUUACGAUGA